CGGGCCGGGUUAUUACGAACAGCCUUUAGGGGUUUUGAGCUUCUUGCAGAGGGGUUUUUCUUCUCGUACUAGAGCUGCCAAAGCCUCCCUUUUCUUGAGAAGCCGCAGUCGUAGGAGAAGAAAAUCGGCAAUUUCGUCUUCUUCUCCACCGAUCCAACUUCAUACUGCACACUAGGUCGGAUCCUAAACAAGAACCUUAAAUGGCCGCCCAAGUCCCGCCUCAUACCGGCACUGUUCCGCCGACCGAUUCGAAUCCGGCGGCCACCAAACCGGAAAAGACGGACUACAUGAAUCUGCCUUGCCCUAUUCCUUAUGAAGAAAUCCAACGCGAAGCUCUCAUGUCGUUGAAGCCAGAACUUUUUGAAGGAAUGCGCUUUGACUUUACCAAAGCACUGAACCAGAGAUUUUCUCUCAGUCAUAGCGUAUUCAUGGGACCCACAGAAGUUCCUUCUCAGUCCACUGAAACAAUUAAAAUACCAACUGCUCAUUAUGAGUUUGGUGCAAAUUUUAUAGACCCACAGAUGAUGCUUUUUGGGCGGUUGAUGACAGAUGGGAGGCUAAAUGCUAGGCUAAAGUGUGAUUUGUCUGAAAAUCUUUCUCUGAAAGGAAAUGCUCAACUUACAUCUGAGCAACACAUGUCACAUGGGAUGGUCAAUUUUGAUUACAAGGGAAAAGACUACAGGACUCAAUUUCAACUUGGCAGUGGUGCAUUGCUGGGAGCCAGUUACAUCCAGAGUGUUACUCCUCAUUUAUCGCUGGGCGGUGAAGUAUUCUGGGCUGGCCAGCAUCGUAAAUCUGGCAUUGGCUAUGUUGGCCGGUACAACACAGACAAGAUGGUUGCCGCAGGUCAAGUUGCUAGCACAGGAAUAGUUGCACUCAGCUAUGUUCAGAAAGUUUCUGAGAAGGUUUCUUUAGCAUCAGACUUCAUGUACAACUACUUAUCAAGAGAUGUUACAGCCAGCUUUGGUUAUGAUUACAUUCUUAGACAGUGUCGUCUUAGAGGGAAAAUUGAUUCCAAUGGCUGUAUCACUUCUUUCUUAGAAGAGCGGUUGAACAUGGGACUUAAUUUCAUUCUCUCUGCAGAGGUUGAUCACAAGAAGAAAGACUAUAAGUUUGGGUUUGGGAUAACGGUUGGAGAAUAAUCGAACGCAAACCCUUCUUCUAGAGCCGCGUUUUGGUAUGAUUUAUUUUUGCUAUUUACCCGCAUUGAAAUGUAGGCGACGACGGUUUCGUGAACUUCUAUAGAGUAAGUGGUCACAAUUGAUGAUUUUGCAGUUUGCUGUAAUUGAUUUCUUUCUUAUGCUGGAAUGAUGAUAUGGCAAAUUUGUAGGGCGUGGAGAUCAAUUUUUUUUUUCUUUUCAAAAUGAGGUCACGAUUUCUUUGUCAUAAAAUGAUAAUUGGUGUGUUUUCAUUUGAUUAGGCUUUUUUUUGGACUUCUGUCAGAUGACUUCAAUAAAAGGCAUUUGCAUCCAAAUGUUUUUCGGAAUUUUUUGUUUAUUUGUUUUGUUUCGAAGAUUAGCAUGGCUUUGAUGUAAAUUUACUCUAGCCGU